AACAGAGUCAAAGCAAAGCAGUUGGUAUAAUAUUUAGAUGUAAUGAUUUCAAAAAACCAAAAAAUUCACAAAAUCUCUCUCUCUCUCUGUUUCUCUCUCUUUACAGAGUAAUGAUAAUAUUUGUAUUUGUUGCUUCUUCAAACAGUGCCAGUCCACAGAAAAAAAGCAGAAAGCAGAAGCAGAAGCAUUAAGGAAUUUUCAGAAACUCUCCUUCAAAAAUUCUUUAGAAUUUCAAAAGCUUUAGAGAGAAAAUGAGUAGCAGUAAUAGUUGUGGAAGAAAUGGAAGUGUAAGACAAUACAUUAGAUCCAAAGUCCCAAGAUUACGAUGGACUCCUGAUCUUCAUCAUUCCUUUGUUCUUGCCAUUCAAAAACUUGGUGGCCAUCAAACAACACCAAAGCUUGUUCUACAGCUUAUGGAUGUGAAAGGACUCACCAUUUCACAUGUAAAGAGCCAUCUUCAGAUGUAUAGAAGUAUGAGGGCAGAUAUGGGAAGACAAGAUCGAAGUUCUUUAACUCUUCAAAAAAAGUUAAGCAAUUUCGAUUGCAAUGGCGAUAACGAUAACGAUAACGACAAUGACAACGACGACGGUUGUGUAGAAGAAGAAGUAGUAAAGGAAGGUGGAAUAAUUUAUAGAUCAAGAACAAUUCAAACUCCAGCCUCAAAAAGAGCAAAAAUAAGGUCAAUUAAGGAGGAAGAAAGAAUAAAAUCAAGAAAUUAUGGAUAUUAUAAUUAUGGGGAGAGUGAGGGAAUGGAGAAUAUAAAGAUAAAGAUGAUGGGUGAUUCUGAAUCAAACGGCGUCGCACCGAACCAAUCUGCUAAGCCUAAUGAUGCAUUCAAGAUGAUGAAACGAGAGGAGCAUGAAAGAGAAGAUGAAGAGGAGAAAGAAAACAAGUAUUUUGAACUAUCUCUUUCCCUAUCUUUACAACAGAAUUAUCAUCAUUCAAGCAGUGAAAUGAGUGAAGCUAUUUCAUCUUCAAGUUCAAAGUUAGAUAAUAAUAAUAAUUACAGUGAUUGUUGGAGUUGGUCCUAUGGAAGGGAACAACAAAAGAUUGAUGUUAAUUUAGACUUGUCAAUGGCACUUUGUGGUAGCCAAUGAGGGUUUUAUGUGUAAUUAACUUACAUUUCCUAGUUUUUUUUAGGUAUUAUCUUCCUUUCAUCAUUUCUUUUGUUUUUUCUUUGUCUUUUUUUUUUUUUUUUUUUUUUGGUGAAUAUAAUGUUGGAAAAGAAAAACAUCAUUGGUAGGACUUGAAUGCAGCUGUGUGUUUUGUUUGAA